AUCGCGAGAAAAAAAAAAAAAAAAAAAAAGAACCCCCGCCAAAAGCAUACGGCAUGCUCUUUGCCCUUUGUCUUUUUCCAGAGUUAUAGAGAGACUUGGGCUUUUUCUUCUUUUCUUCGCUACCGCAAACAUGGAACUUCUCGACCGUUUCGUCAAAUGGGCACAGCUCAAGGUCUACCAGAUUGAAGUCACCUUCUCCGUUUACAUGUUCACACCAACCGAGCGGUUCAUAUUUUGGUCCAUCGUCUUCCUCGUCAACGCCCUCACCCUUAUCGCUACGAUCCUUUACAUGCCGCAGCACAUUGUCUUCAUCGUCAACCGCGCUUGGUUCUACAUCAACGGCGACAGCAUCGAUGUUGUCGGGGUGGCCAAGGAUGCCGCCCAAACAUUGGCGGUGAAGGCCGCCGCCAGCUCGCAUACGAUCAGUUCAGAGGCAAUCUCGGAGAUUACCAGCGCGGCAACCAAUGCAGCGAGCGUAGUGAGGGAGUUGUAAUACAUUGGACCCCUGGUUCGACAAAAAGUGUGGUCUAGGAUUUGAUUAGUCCGGCCCUAUGACCAUGGUGGGUUGGAUAUACUUUUUUACUGUUUCUUCGGGUUGUUUUCGUUUCGGUAUCUUCGGUUUUGCAGCUCAGACCAAAUUAUAGAGGUCUGGCUGCGUAGGCGUUAUUUGGGCGAUUAUAAAGACGGUCUGCGAAUCAUAGGAGCAUACUCCGGAUAGACAACAAACAGCCUUACUGUGAGCAGUUCACUGCACAGAGGAUCAUCAUAUCACACUAAUAUAAUAAUAACACGACAUCACCA